GAGAACUACGCCGCACGCGGGGGCACGACCGGUUUCAUUACUGACCUCGCUAUAUGCAGCUUCCCGGACAGCGGCUCUCUAUUCGUCGGCGGGAGACUGGAGACGGAGACCGGCAUCCUCAUAUUUUGUGGGGGCCGGGCGUCCUGGCCGUUGUGUUCAGUUUCCCCCUUCCCGCCCUAGACUCUCCAAGGUCUCAGGGUUUAUUUUGGGAAGGAGAUCACCUGUACGUAACCAUGCUGCCGUCCCGUGCCCCUGCAAAUGUUGUAAUACCAUUUCGUCCUUUCGUUGCCUCCGUGAAAUGUGACUGAGGCAGCUUGGCGGGCCCUGCCCCUUGAUGUUUUGCCAUGUGAAGGAAGCAGUUCGCCUCCAGGUCCUCGGUGCGCCGGGCCCAUUCUCAAAUAUCUCCUCGGCCACCCACUUCGAGUCGUCAUGUCUUGAAGACACGGGGCCUCUAGCAGUGUUGUUCAUUGCUUUCUUUCUUGACACCAGUCCACAAAUCCGCGUGCCGAAGGCGCCCAUUCCUUCGUUCUACGCACCGUGCAAGUGGGCUUUGACUUGGUCGUUCUCUGGCGUUGGCGAGGUUCCCCUUUCCCCCUCGAGCGCAGAAUGGCCGAAGUUGAAUCUCAAGGCUCCACGGUGACCACCGUGUCGGUCGUCUUUGGUGUUAUCACAAUCAUCACCAUAUCGCUGCGGUUGUUCGCCCGGAUCCACAUCACAAGAUCAUUCGGAGUCGACGAUGGACUCAUUAUAGUCGGUGCCUUGUUGGCGUGGGCUUUCAUCAUUGCAACGAUCCUUGCCGUGAACCAUGGACUUGGGUCACACAUGGAAGAUGUGAUGUUGCGCGGCAUAGACAAUCUCAUCUCGUACUCACAGAUCGUCUGGCUGUCUUCAAUCUUCUAUAAUGCCUGCCUCGGAUUCGUCAAGACGUCAGUCCUGGCCCUCUACGCCCGCCUCGGGGACCGCGAGCUACGGCGACUGGCCUUUAUCAUCAUCGGCGUCGUCAGCUGCCAGGCCGGUGCGAAUGUCAUUGUCUGCAUUUUCCAAUGCACCCCUGUCGAGGCUGCAUAUGACCUCAAUAUCGUGGACAAGAAGUGCAUAAACAUCAACGCAUUCUACCUCGCCAACGCCGCCGUCAACAUCUCGACAGAUUUCCUGACAUACACAUUGCCGAUCAAAAUGGUGUCCAAGCUGCAGAUGCCCACGCGUCAAAAGAUAGGAUUGGGUGUGAUGAUGUCUCUGGGGUUCUUCGCUUGCUUGUCCUCGAUCAUCCGGAUCACGUACAUCCCCCAAAUGCUCGCGCCAGACGCCGACGCAACCUGGGUCAUCUCAGGGGCCAUGUACUGGUCCGCCAUCGAGACGAACGUCGCCAUCCUCGCCGCAUCGAUCCCAUCCUUCAAGGCCCUCGCCAAGCGCUACGCGCCCGCCCUGCUCGGCAGCUCGAACCGCGGCGGCGGCGGCGGCGGGUCGGACUACAAGCUCGGCACGGCCGGCGGCGCGGGCGCGAGCCGGAGCCUGAGCACCAACAGGCUGGCCCGGUUCCACAUGAUGGACAAGGGCCGCAGCGGGCGCGAGGUCGACAUCCACGCCAGCAACGACGACGACCGCGAGGGGGACCGGCACGACACCAUGGGCGGCGCCGCGUCGCGGGCCGGCGCCGGCGCCAGCGCAGGCAAGGGCGGCUCGCCGUACGGGCGUGACUCGUCGUCGUUGGCGGCGGACAACAGCAGCGAGGAGGCCAUCUACGUGCGGAGGCAGCCGCCGCCCGAGGGCAAGAUCGGCGUCCGGACGGAUAUUGCUACGUUUUAUGAGGAUGCGUGAUGGGCCUGCGGGCGGCGCUGUGAUGCAUGGCUGGCAGAGGGGGGGACACCGUCGAUGUUGGGGACUUUUUUACUACAGGGAGUUGGAAAGGAUACCUCAUGGUGACGCUGUGAUAAUUAAUCAGGAUACGGACAUCUAGUGUGUAAGUUACUCGUGGACUUGCGGAUUCGCCGGCACUUUGAAACAGUCGGACCAUGCGGGAGUGGCCGCAGAUUUAGACGCGUUGUAAAUUACUUGUAAUGUAACCAAUGACCAAUAGGGUUCAUGAGCGUCACAUUAAGCCUCCCAAUCCAAGCACUUUGAGUUCUCCGGGAAAUAAAACAAAGUCUUC